AUGCCCCUAACGAAGCAGGAAAUGAGUGACAAAGGCUACCCGAUUAUCCACAUCUUUAAUCAAUACGUUAGCUUCAAGGAUGUGUUUCAGACGAAACUGCUCCCCGAGAUGGAAAAAAUCGUGCAUCGCUACGGCGGCGUCCCGCUUGUGGUGUGUCAGAACGAGCCCCUCAAGUGGCGCGGCGUUGAACCGCCCGGAGCAAUUAUCAUAAAUCAGUGGCCAAACUGGGAGGCUUAUGAUCGCUUUAACGCAUCGGGUAAGUCUGUAACAAGCGAUUGUAACUUCCCUGUCAAGCUUACCAAUUUCAGACCUCAUUUCCGAGAGUAA